CAAAUGCGCAAUACCACUCAUGGGGCGUUCUUCAGUGGUGAAGUGAUAUCGCAUCACAGCCACGCGGACGGGCCGUUGCGAGUUGUGGGUAUAGCUUCCCUAGCAUGGCGUCACUUCUGCAGAAGCGACCUAGAUUGAACCAUCAAAUCUAUGAAUGACUUGGAGGGAGUUGAUCAUGAGGUAGGUACCGUACUAAAGUACUCAUACAGUAUAACAGUAAUCGGUGUAACAACACCCCGGUCCCAAGGUAUCAACCCAGAAUACAUCUCACAAUUGACUCUCGGAAACACAAAGAUAGCCCAUCAUUUGAAUCGGCCGACAAACUUAUCACUAGGUACCAUUAAAGCUGUAUUGGCUGAUACUUUCACAAUCUUGAUUAGGUACAAAGACUCUCGUCAUGCCUUCGACAGAAAGUCAAUCAGAUGCCGCUCAGCGCAUGUAGACUGAACGAGCAACCAACUAUGAGGACUCUUGGCAUCCCGACUACAGCAAGCGAUUCAUGGAACUUGUUCCCAUCAAACCCGGCGAUCGCGUUCUAGACCUCGCCUGUGGAACUGGCCUGGAGGCUGUCAUUGCAGCAAGACACAUCGGCGAUGACGGGAUUGUCGUUGGUGUCGAUAUAACUGAAGCGAUGCUCUCGGAAGCACGCAAGAAGCUGGAUCACGACGAAACAUUGGAUCGCCGCUUGAGACUUGUACGACACAGCGUCACUGACUUGACUGGUUGCCCAAAUGCCGACAGGGGCAGCGUCGAUCUCAUUCUAUGCUAAAACGCCUUUGUUCUGUUCAAAAACCCAAAGGAAGUUGUCGCCCAUUGGCGGGAGUAUCUCAAGCUAGGCGGCAGAGUUGCGAUCGAUAUCACUCAUGAGUAUAACCUUCGCUCAGGCCUGCUAUUAGAGAAAGUCGCUCGCCGAUUGGGCAUGCCAUUCCCCUCCAACCGAACCUGGAUCAAGUCUAAAGAGUCUUUUAGUGAGAUACUGGAAAGUUGUGGUUUCGUUGUCGAAAGGGUUGGGACUUUGGAAAAGAUUGUUGGACUUGGCUCAACGUAUCUCGGUCUUGACAAGGCAGAUGAGCAGUUUGACUACGUUGUCAAUGGCCCUCUGACUGCCUCAAUCGUAACGGAAGAGUUGAGAGUUAAAGGGAGGGAAUAUUUUAAGGAAGAGUGGCACAAUGCUGCAGAUGAUGGCAAGGUCGAAGUAUCUGAUAUUUUCUACGUCUAUAUCGCCAGGAAGGUUUGAUAUGCGAGUGUUUUGAAUAUUCCCAAAUCUAUCUCACAUUUUUGCCUUAACUUUCUGAGCCUUCCCUCGGAUGGAUAUCCUUGGAUGAUCACCAGCGAGCUUCAACCCAGUCACUCUCUCCAGCUCAUCCACGGCCUCGAAUGCACGACCAAGGUUCACCUUUAUUGUUCGCAGUCCUUGCCUGCGUGCCUCCUUCAAAUUCUCCCCGAUGUCAUCGAGAAAAAUUACUUCCUCUGCCUUGAUACCAGCCUCCCAGUUCAAGCUUUUCCCCCGAGCUGAAAGAGCAUUGGCUUUCGCGAAUUCGUUUACUCGGUCGAGCGCCAGCUUAUAAAUGGCCGGAUCUGGCUUUCGCAUUCCAACAUGGGCGGAAGAAAUGAAGACAUCAAAUAUCUGCCGCACAGGCUCGUCAAAGAAAUGGUCCAGGUGGAGUUUAUGCCCUGGCGGAAAGAUGACGGUAUUGCUCAGCGCUGCGAGAAUGAAUCGCCUAUCCUCCUUCAACUUUCUCAAUGCUGGGAACAUCCAUGGGUCAGGGCUGUUAGAAACGGUCAUCAUCUCGUUGAAAAGCCAUUCUGCAUCGAUUGAGGGAACGGGAGGGGUUUCCUUUGGGAGACUGGGGUUUUUGCUUUGCUCUCGCUCAUAGAAGGUUUCCCAUCUGACGGUAUCAUGAAGGUCUUGGCUGAAGCCCCUGAAGAACUCUUCAUUCAUCUCGAUUUCUCCUUUUUCCAAACGAUGCCAGAAGCCAUUGGGAGCAGUCCUGGAUAUCGAAUAGUUGACCCACCCUGGAGGGAUCCCCAGGCUUAAUUCAUAGUCGAGGAUUGCUUGGAAAGGAGAAACGACCUGGAAGAGUUAGUAAUCAUGUAUGUGGGAUAGUCGACUACGUUUCUAGAAUCGAGGCGCCCAGAGCCUCGAGAAGUAAAGUGCAAUCGGCGGUAAACAUCACGUCUCGAACCACUUACACAAACACCCCCUAUAUCGAACAACAGGACUUUGAGCUUGGACUCUGACAUGAUAUCCGGCUUGACAGAUGGAAAGGACUAAGCUUGUAUGUACGCGACCAGACAAUUAAUACAAGUCUCUGAAAUAUGUAAGAACUCAAC